AUGUGGGAUGGAAAAUGUGCGCCAAAAUACUACCAUGUUGAAUUUGAUCCUCUUUCAAAAGAUAUAAGUUGUUCAUGCCUACUAUUUGAGUUUAGAGGCAUCAUAUGUCGGCAUUCUCUAUUGGUUCUCGGUCAGGAAGAUGUCCAUAAUGUACCCUACAAAUAUGUACUUCGCCGUUGGAGCAAAAGCAUCCGAAAAAAGCACACACUUAUUAGAGCAGCUUAUAGUUCUUUACAGCAGGACCCCAAGAUGCAAAGAUACCAAUCUUUGUGUCAACAGUUCUAUAAUUUGGCUGAGGCUGCAUGUGAAUUUGAAUGUGCUUCUACUCAGUUGGAAAAAGAUUUGAAAUGUCUUGCAAAAAAGUUCGGUUUGAGUUCAUCAUUGAAAAAUAACAUCGUAAGUGAGGGAGGACAAUUAAGGUAUGAGAAUCCCGUGACAGAAACUCAAUCCUACAAUACUUGUGGAAGUAGUGACGUACUAGUUCGCAGUCCCAUUGCGGAGACCGCAACAUCUAAUGUUACACAAGCCCAACAGGGCAUGGAAUAUGCAUCCCAAUCACUUCAACUUUCCCAACUAUCUGAAGUUGCUCCUAUUGGACUUAUGUCCUUGCUAUCUGCAGUUCAUAACACUUUUGAGAAUAUAUAA